CAGCAGCCGUAAUCACACCAUCACUUACACCAUGUCUCCAACCGGGAACCGCGCCGACUGGGCCGACGACGAAGAUUUCGAUGACCCCUCCGUGCUCCCGCCGCAAGAAGUGAUCGCGAACAAGGACGGCACCAAGACCGUCAUCUCCUACCGCUACAACGAUGACAACAAGAAAGUGAAGGUCACCCGCCGAAUUAAGACCACUAUUGUCCGCGAACACGUCAACCCCCAGGUCGCCGAACGCCGCAAAUGGGACAAGUUCGGUCUCGAGAAGGGCCACGCCGUCGGUCCCUCGUUCGACACCACCUCCGUCGGCGAGAACAUCAUCUUCCGCCCCAGCGUCAACUGGAAGGCUAAUGCUAAGGAGGUUGAGAAGGAGGGUGGCGAGAAGGGCAGCAUGAAGGACCAGUUGAAGGACAAGAAGGUCAAGUGUCGUAUUUGCAGUGGAGAGCAUUUCACGGCUCGCUGUCCCUUCAAGGACACCAUGGCCCCCGUCGAGGAGGGCACUGCUGCUGCUGGCGGCGCCGAGGCAGAGGACGAUGCGGGUGGUCUCGGUGCUGGAAAGUCCAGCUACGUUCCUCCUCACAUGCGGAAGGGCGGUGCUGGUGGCGGCGAGAAGAUGGGUGGUCGUUUCGAGAAGGACGAUUUGGCGACUCUCAGAGUUACAAACGUCAGCGAGUUGGCAGAAGAGAACGAGUUGCGGGAUCUCUUCGAACGUUUCGGUCGUGUCACCAGAGUCUUCCUUGCACGGGAUCGGGAAACCCAGAGAGCCAAGGGCUUUGCUUUCAUCAGCUAUGCGGAUCGUGGCGACGCAGCACUUGCUUGCGAGAAGGUGGAUGGCUUCGGUUACCGUCACCUUAUUCUCCGCGUCGAGUUCGCCAAGCGCACUACUUAAACUUUUUUCUCGGUUCUCUCUUACGACUUUUUGAAUGGAACUUUUCCUUCUUCUCAGGCGGGCCUUUCUUUGGGCCGAAGCUCUUUUCCUUGUACUGUAGGACCUGGUUGAUAAUGAUGAUUCCCAAAAAGACAUCCAGCAUGUCAGUUACUUGCAUUCGUCAGUCUAUACAAAAGCAAUGGGUUAGAGAAAUUUGAACUUCAU